AUGAUCGCAGAUGACGAGCGCGAUGGGCAAGCUGCCAAUUGCAAGCCAAUCCGGGAUGAUCACCGGAUGCGAAUCUGCGUCCAUACAUCAUCCCCUUCGCAACCCUGCUCCGCUCUUGGUAUAGAGUGCAUCACGCCGGCGAGAAAGAAGCGCGGACUAUCGGAGAAGACGAUGGCCGAUCUGCGGCAGGCGCCUGAGGCCUAUCGAGCAUCACUUGGCGGCCCUUCAGCUCUCGCCGGUCCUUCGUCGCUUGCGGCUCCUCAUGAUGAGACCGAGCUGUCAUUGCCAGACCUGGACGAUCACAUAUUCGACAACUAUCGUGCCUCAACGUCCAGCUUCAUACGCGACCUACCUGGCCAGGCAGGGCCCUCCGAGCCGGCUAUGCCACUCGCUACCGACUUGUCUGACAUCUUCCAGUAUCCCUCGGAGUCGCAUGAGCUGCCCAAUGUCGACGGUAUCAUCCCGCGCGACAAGGUUACCUAUCUUGUGUCGAUGUUCUUCGAGUUUGUCUCCCCCCUUCAGCCGAUCGUACACCAACCCUCGUUCACUGCCAGACUUCGUGCUCAGCAUGAUCGGACAGAUCCACUCUUUCUCGCACUUUUGGCUAGCAUCGUUGCUGUCUCCCUCGUUCAGGUGCCUAAGGUGUUCCUGCCAUACGAUGAUCAUGACUCGAUAUCGGACCUCGCUGAACAGUGCGCAAAGCUGUCUCGAAAAGUUGUGCAGGACUUUUACGAUCCGCCAACCGAUAGCCUCGUCGCAGUCAAAUUCUUCCAGGGCGUGUUCAGUUUUCUGACGGGAAGAAAGGCAGCGUGGGUUGCGUCCCUGGCAGAGAGUACACGACUCGCCACGCUGAUGGACCUGCAUCGCGAGUCUAGCUAUAUCGGCCUGAAUCCCGUCGAUGCAGAAAUGAGGCGCCGAUUGAUGUUCACGUUGGUCAUGUCGGACGCAUCGGCAGCAUCUAUGCAGGGACAACCGCUCGCACUCAGUAUGGAGGACAUUGACAUACUGCAUCCACUUGAUUUGGACGACGAAUACAUCGCCGCGACUGGUAUCAGGGAUCCGCCCCCGGGAUUUGUGCCCAGAAUCUCUGGCUUCAGCGUCGCAUGCGCAACCUUCCGACUGAUUCGUGACGCUGUCCUGCUACGUCGCCAGCUCGGUACCCAGUUGUCACCCUCUGCUCUCCUCGAUAUCCUACGGCAACUGCAGGAUAUCUUUGACCGCCUUCAGCGCACAUUCAGGUCAUUACCGCCUCAAUUGCGUAUAGACUCGAUGUACACGACAUCGCCUGCCAAUCCCUCCCUCCUCGCCGAUUCACCUGCACGCCCAGAGUACCGCCAAGCAUCAGUCGACAGCUCCAAUGCAGUCGGCGUCUCGGCACAGGAUCCGCAUAUGGCUUGGCAAGUGAUGAAAGCCAAUCUACACGUAACGCGGGCUAUCGCUCGUAUGCUGUUCUUAAAUUGCCGGGAGAGGGUCAGGACACAGGGAGGCGCGCCGGGGACGCCACAGCGCAAGGGCAUUGAGGCUCUGCUCGAGCAGACCGCGGUCGGGGUGGAUUCCAUGCAGUCCAAUAUCAGCGAUCUUCUGCAUGCGCUGAAGAGUAUACCGCUCGAAGCUGUGUCCGCCAAUUCCCACUCUCUCGUCAACAAAGUCCGCAACGUCGCUGUCACCUUGCUCUCCCCCGACGCCAGCCCACUCGCACGCUCAUCUUCCUUAUCUGGUCAAGGUGUCGAGGCUGCUGAUCAGCAAGCCGACGUGCUCAUGAGCUUCUUGACGCUAUUGACUCAGAUUGAAAGUAUGUGUUCGGUCGUUCCCAUAGCUGCUUGA